AUGGAAGCCGAGUCCCAUUCAGAUAAUGAUGAAUAUACAUCAGAAGAAGAGGAGGAGCAUGUCGCUGAGCCGAAGUCAUCGACCGAAGACUUGUUAACACAAGGUAAGUGAUAUAUAGUAUAAUAAUUAUCAUACGUUCUCAACAACAUAGUAAUAUUAAAUAUUUCCAGAAAUAUCGUCGAUGCCGUUAAGCAAAGUCAGAGCCCUGAAAGCCAAGCUUGGAGUCAAAUUAUUCAACAAAAUGUACCUGAACGAAACUGCCCCCAAGUCAGAAAAUGUGGAGGAUUCGGAUGAUGACGCAGCUCCAGAAGAAUUUAAAGUGGGGUUUGGUUUAAAAAGCUUAGAAUUUGAUAACAUGUGUAAGGUGGUUCUUAAGAAGCUCUUUUCUAAGUUAAGUUACCAAAUUUAGCGUGACGGUAAAAAUCGACCGCGUGAGAUAUCGACUAAAAAGGCUCUGAAACACAACUCGAUCAUCUCAACGAAACGUCAAAAGAGGUACGACCCCAGGUUUGAGUGUGGAGACUUCGACGAGGUCAGGUUCUCGCGGGACUACGGCUUCAUCAACCAGAUGAAGCGAGAUGAGGUGAGCAAGAUGAAGAAGAUGCUGAAGAAGGGCGAGAUCGGAGAAGCCGAGACGUCUGACGUCAAGGAGGUUAUCAAGGUCAUGGAGAAUCAGAUCAGAACGGCCGAAGACAAGAGUGACGAGAUCGAGACUCGAGCAGAGCUAAGAAAGACCAACAUCGACCGGCUGAGGAGUGGCAAGAAGCCUAUCUUCCUGAACAAAAGUAAGUUUUAUCAUUGAUCUAGGCUACGAAGUAGUCUGAUGAAGUUAUAAUCAGGUUUUGCUGUUUAUUAACUAUAAAAUAUUGAAAUCAGACUAAAUUUAGCCGUAUCCUUAAAGAUUUACUGAGGUUAUUAUCUUUCAGAUCAACUGAAGACGAAGGUAAUUGAGAAAAGGUUUGACAGGCUGAAGAAGACAGGAAAGGCCAAGACUUAUGUUAUGAAGAAGAAGACAAAAGCCUUCAAGAAGGGCGUGGACGUGGAAUGA